AUGGAAACAAGCGGCAGCUUCCCGCGUUGUCCCGCGUGGCGGGCGACACGGGCGGGGGAGCGCCGCCAUCACCGCCACUGCGCCGGUGCUUUUUUUUUUUUUGCGGGCGCUGAAGAGCUGCGAAGGCGGCAGCCGGCCGGCGGCGCGCCUCACGCCCUCCCUGUGAAGCGCAAGAGGCCGAUGCGGACCGCGCUCUCAGUCCGCCCAAGUGCCGGGGACUCUCUCGGCUGCCAGCGGGCGCCCGCCGUUCCGCCGCGGCCUUCUCCGGCCGGGCCGGCGCCCGGCACGAACAGCUGGCACGGCUCCCGCCCCGCGCUGCCGUCACAGGCAGCACGUCCCGCGGGCGUGGGAGCUGCCCCAGCUGGAGGAACACCGGCUCUCCCCCUCGCCGCCAGCGGGCGUACAGCACGUACCGAUGACGCGUCCCGCUGCACCCUGUUGAUGUUCUCAGCUCUAGGCUGGCUACCUCAGCCCCGUCGCUACGGCUCCGCCGUUGCUCCGGAACUCGAGGAGCGCUUUUCCCGUCGUGAUCGAGGUCCGGCUGUGGUAAAGACAGUUUUGGGUGUAACUGAACGGCUGAACAUCUCUUUCCCGGCCACUGGCUGCCAGAAGCUCAUUGAAGUGGAUGAUGAGCGCAAGCUGAGAACUUUCUAUGAGAAACGGAUGGCCACGGAGGUUGCAGCUGAUUCUCUUGGUGAGGAGUGGAAGGGCUAUGUUGUCCGCAUCAGUGGUGGCAAUGACAAACAAGGCUUCCCCAUGAAGCAAGGUGUCCUGACUCAUGGACGUGUCCGCCUUCUGCUCAGCAAGGGCCACUCCUGCUACCGCCCCAGAAGAACUGGAGAGAGAAAACGCAAAUCUGUUCGUGGUUGCAUCGUUGAUGCCAACUUGAGUGUUCUGAACUUGGUCAUAGUGAAAAAGGGUGAAAAGGAUAUUCCUGGGCUGACAGACACAACCGUGCCUCGUCGUCUUGGUCCCAAGAGGGCUAGCAGAAUCCGCAAACUGUUCAACCUGUCUAAGGAGGAUGAUGUUCGCCAGUAUGUUGUGAGGAAGCCUCUGAACAAAGAGGGCAAGAAACCCCGAACCAAGGCCCCUAAGAUCCAGCGACUAGUGACUCCUCGAGUUCUGCAACAUAAGCGCAGACGUAUUGCUCUGAAGAAGCAGCGCACUCAAAAGAAUAAGGAGGAAGCAGCAGAAUAUGCAAAGCUCUUGGCCAAGAGAAUGAAGGAAGCCAAGGAAAAACGCCAGGAGCAGAUUGCCAAGAGACGCAGGCUUUCUUCAUUGAGGGCUUCUACAUCCAAGUCUGAGUCCAGUCAGAAGUAGAGAUGCACAUGAAGCUAAAAAUAAACCCUUUUUGUGGUUAACUUUCAGUGUGAGACUUCCCAGUGUGUAUUGUUACUGGCCACCUCUUAAAAGAAAUAGUAGUCUAGACUAA